AAUUUAAACCAUUGAUGUUACUGCUGGAACGGACAGAUCAGAUAGCAAAUAUGGCACAAGUACAAGUAGAGAACCAAAUCCACGGUGCACAAUGGUCAACCAUGAAGUUGGGUGGCCCUAAUGGCUUCAGGCUCAAUGUUUCACUGUUACAAAUUGUCUACGUCUGGUCACAGUCCACUAGAAAUCUAAAUGAUGUUAACAUGCUUUCUGAUAUGUCCCAUUGUAAGUAUUAGUAACUCAAUGAGCCUACUCAGUAACAACUAAAAAAGUGAUACAUUGGAUCAAUUCAAACAUAAUUAACAAUAAUGCACUCUGCAUAGCUCUUAGCAUUAUAAAAGCUAUCUAAUUACUUUCUAUCCACCUUUUACAGCCUAGCCAAUCUGCUUUAGCCCGCGAAAAACCCUUGUUAGUUCCCUAAAGCUUUAGAGUUCAAAAAGGCAUGACUUACUUGCGGCGAAAACAAGUCCAAUAUACACACCAACAAAAACCAACAUAUGGGGUCCACACUCCAGAGGGUGCUAUGGUCCUAUUGUAAUAUUUGAAGCAAAGUGGGGUCUUCAUCCACUUUCUAUAUAUAUAAGGAAUUUAUUCUCUAACAAUCCUCGCUUCACAUACCAACCCUUGUAUCCUUCUCUUGUUUCACUAACAAAUGAGCGAUAAGCAGAACCAUGGGAAACUGCCUAGUCGUUGAAGAUAAGGUAAUCCGGGUAAUGAAGCCAGACGGGAAAAUUCUUGAGUAUAGAGCACCCAUCAAUGUAAACCAAGUGACCUCAGAAUUCUCCGGCCAUGCAAUAUCUGAUUCGCUUCAGGUCAUCCAUCAUCAUCUUCUGCCUGAAACCAAACUGCUUGGGGGUCACUUGUACUACCUAGAACCUCUUCCAUCCUCACCCCCAGAAAUUAGAAAGAAGAAAAAAGUGAGAUUUUCUAAUCCAGAAACAGAAGAAUCUGGUGUAGUAAGGAUUAAGAUAAUUAUCAGCAAGCAAGAACUACAUGAGAUUCUGCAAAAGGAAGGAGUUUCUGCUGAUGAUAUGCUCUCUCAUCUUCAAUUUCCAGAGAAAGUAAGUAAGGUCGAUAGAUCAAGUGAAGAAGAAGAAAACAGCAACAGAUGGAAGCCUGCCCUAGAAAGCAUAGCCGAAGUAAACUAGUACAGUGCAUCCAGUUUAGUUAGACUUUUUCUUUUCUCUGUUUUUAUCACAUAUACAUACAAUACUAUAGUAAGAGAAUAACAAUAAUUUGACGCUUGUUUUCUCAGAAGAAAGGCUUAAAAUGUGAUGUCUAUACUGUAUUUGGAUCGUAAAAAAGAUCUGUGGAGUUACCCUAUUA